AUGUACGGCUCUCCCGCUUCGCCGUCGGAUGACUCCAUCGCCACUUCCUCCACCUGUCGUCCGCUCGACGGAAACUUGGCCGGCGCGCGCACCUGGUCCCAGGAACACCGAGACAGCCGUUGCAGGACCUCGGAGACCCUCCGUGCUACCCCUUCUAGCCUCACACUCCGUCUGGAAACGCUGCUGCUCUCCCGGAUAUCCACCGGCGCCGACAUUCCUCUCCGCGAGUACUUCGCUUGCUCUUGGAGGUUUGGGUGGAGACGUCCAAGGAUUCUGUCCCUCUGGCCGGGUCUUGGGAUAUGCGCCCGUCGCCUCCUGGCAUCCUCGUGCUCCUGCAUGCUCGUGACCACCACUGGGGUCGCCUUGCAUCGCCUGCUGCUGCAUCGACUGCACGGCUGCUGCCGUUUGCUUCAGCGGCUGGACCACCUCGUUGAUCAUCGCCAUCAUCUCGAGGAAGCCUUGGCGAAUCUCCUGUUGCGACUGACGUUGUCGGACAUCGCCGCCCUGUGCGUCUCGUACGUCUGAGCCACCGCAACAUUUAUCGUCGACGCGAUAUCGCUCGGGAUUCCCCGUGGGGGAGAGAUUUCCCAGUUAUCGCCGGCUGCACCGGCUGCGCCGCCUGCCGUGCCAUCUUCCGCUCUGAGCUGCUGCCCUUCCGGCGGGGGAGUUCUAGUUGUCAUCUUAUUAGCUCCGGACCGC